AACAAAGAUUAACUAAAAGUUUCAAAAUUUUAAGAGUGAAACUUGUAAUCAUACUACGUAAUUUUAGUUGAGCACAGCUACGUUACACGAAAAAAAUUCACGGGAACCACGAAAAAGCUGAGUUGUGUGCAUAUUAGUUCAGGAUAAUUCAAUAACUGCUUUUUUGGCGGAAAUCAGGGAGGGAGUGGAUUGAAAUCAACGGUCGUUAUUGAUUCGUUUAUCAACUUUUCGUGGUUGAUCAUUUCCCAUUUUAGUUUGUGCAAGGGUGCUCUAUUUGUGAAGGCAGUGCACCUAAAAUAUUUAUGGGAAAGAGGAAAAGUUGGCAAGACAAUCACAUUUGACUCCAAAACCAGUGUGUGUGUGUGUGUGUGUGUUAUAUAAACAAGCACUAGAAGCCAUUAUAAACACUUCAAAACCCUAAAAAAAAACAAUGUCAUAUCAUAUUACCAAACUUUUUCUAUCAUCAUUCAUUCUUUGCAGUUUCUUGCUAGAACACACUGAUGCCCUUAGAAAGACAUAUAUUGUAUACUUGGGAGGACAUUCUCAUGGUCCAAAUCCCUCCCUUGAUGAUCUUGACUCAGCCACAAAUUCACAUUAUGAUUUACUUGCUUCAAUCUUAGGAAGCCAUGAGAAGGCAAAGGAAACAGUGAUGUACUCUUACAAUAAGCAUAUAAAUGGAUUUGCUGCACUGCUUGAAGAUGAAGAGGCAUCAAAGAUUGCAAAUAAUUCAAAUGUAGUUUCUGUUUUCUUGAGCAAGGAAUAUAAAUUGCACACUACAAGGUCAUGGGACUUUCUUGGACUGGAAAAAGAUGGAGGAAUUUCUCUUGAUUCUGGUUGGUGGAAGGCAAGAUUUGGUGAAGAUACAAUCAUGGCUAAUUUAGAUUCAGGCGUUUGGCCGGAACAUGAAAGUUUCAGUGGCAUUGGAUAUGGUCCAGUGCCAUCAAAGUGGCAUGGAAAUGGGGUCUGUGAGAUUGAUCAUUUAAUUACACCUUCAAAUACAACAUUCUGCAACAGAAAGCUAAUUGGAGCAAGAAUAUUUAGCAAAAACUACGAAUCACAAUUUGGAAAACUCAAUCCCUCAAACCUGACAGCACGUGACUUUAUUGGCCAUGGCACACACACAUUAUCAACAGCAGCAGGUAACUUUUCACCUGAUGUAACAAUAUUUGGCAACGGUAACGGUACAGCAAAAGGUGGUUCCCCUAGAGCACGUGUAGCAUCCUACAAAGUGUGUUGGUCAAAAACAGAUGCUGGUGGAUGUCAUGAAGCUGAUAUUCUAGCAGCAUUUGAUCAAGCUAUAUAUGAUGGUGUUGAUGUGAUUUCAAAUUCUUUGGGUGGUUCUAGUCCAUACAUUGAAGCUUUGUUUACUGAUGGAAUUUCAAUUGGGUCAUUUCAUGCUUUUGCUAAGAAUAUUGUGGUUGUUUGUUCUGCUGGGAAUGAUGGACCUGCUCCUAGGAGUGUUACAAAUGUUGCACCUUGGUCUUUCACUGUUGCAGCUAGUACAAUUGAUAGGGAAUUUGUUAGCCAUAUUUCUAUUGGUAACAAAAAUUACAUAAAGGGUGCCAGUCUUAGUAAAGGCUUACCAUCAGGACCAUCAAAGAAAAUAUAUCAAAUGAUUCAUUCUAUCGAUGCUAGACUUCUUAAUGCCACAAUUCAAGAUGCUCGUUUUUGCAAGCCUAGAACACUUGAUCCUACCAAAGUAAAGGGAAAGAUAUUAGUUUGUACUCGACUUGAGGGAACAACGUCCGUUGCUCAAGGCUUUGAAGCUGCUCUUGCAGGAGCAGUAGGAGUUUUUGUGAUCAAUGAUGAGAAAAGUGGAAGUUUACUUCUAGCCGAGCCCCAUCCUUUACCUGGUGCGAGUAUGAAUGCCAAUGAGGACGAGGAUAUCGAUGAGCGUGAGUGGUUUGGAAAAGGUGGUACUGACGAAAACAUUACUAGGAAAAUGGUUGCUUACAUGUCUGAUGCAAGAACAUAUACAGGAUUAAAGCCAUCUCCAAUUAUGGCUGGGUUUUCAUCUAGGGGUCCUAGUGCAGUGCAACCAUUAAUACUCAAGCCUGACAUAACUGCUCCUGGAGUGAAUAUAUUAGCUGCUUACUCACUAGCCACCAGUCCAUCUAAUCUACCAUCAGAUACACGCCGCGUUCCUUACAAUCUGCAACAAGGAACUUCAAUGUCUUGUCCUCAUGUUGCUGGCAUUGUCGGUCUUCUCAAGACACUUCAUCCUAGUUGGAGUCCAGCUGCCAUCAAAUCUGCCAUCAUGACUACCGCUACCACACUAGAUAACACCAAUCAACCAAUCAGAGAUGCAUUCGAUAAGAUAGCGACUCCAUUUGAAUAUGGUUCCGGACAUAUUCAGCCUAACCUCGCAAUGGAUCCAGGACUCGUUUAUGAUAUAAGCACAACCGAUUACUUGAACUUCAUUUGUGUUUUUGGUCACAAUCACAAUUUACUAAAGUUCUUUAAUUACAACUCUUACAUUUGUCCUGAGUUUUACAACAUUGAAAAUCUCAAUUAUCCUUCAAUUACUGUGUAUAAUCGAGGACCGAACCUUAUAAAUGUUACUCGUACCGUCACAAAUGUUGGGUCUCCUAGCACAUAUGUUGUGGAAAUUCAACAACUUGAAGAAUUUAAGGUUCAUGUUCAACCAAGUUCAUUGACUUUUAAGGAAAUUGGAGAAAAGAAAACCUUUCAAGUAAUUCUAGAGGCAAUAGGUAUGCCUCCUCAUGGUUUUCCAGUAUUUGGGAAAUUGACUUGGACAAAUGGCAACCAUAGAGUAACUAGUCCUAUUGUAGUUCUGUAAGCUCAUAAAUCUCUAAAGAAUACUAUGUUAGGAGUAUCAUUUAUCAAUUAUAAGUAUGUGUGUAAUUGUGCUUAUGGUUAUUUAGCUGACAUUGUAGUUUGUGUUUUUUACUAAUGGAAUGUCAAUUGUAUUGAACAA